CAUAAGCCAAGCGUUCGCCGUAGUAGGAUUUGUAAUUCCCUGCGUCUCCCUGUCAUGCGCAACGGUGGCACUGCCAUGUUGGAUCGAAAGCUCGGUGCACAGGAGUUCAGAUGAAAGUUUAGAGUCUCGAGACGACAUCGGAUAACCAAACGAGCAUCGUGUUUUAUUUCAGAGACGCAGGACCUCUCUCAACCCAUUCCCGGCCGAAACACACAGGUCUGACCAUGAAAGGCUCCGGAUACAAGCAGCGGUGAUCAGAGAUCAAUGAACGCGUAUUUUCUGUUUAACACUUCCUGAUCAUAAGUUCACACCAUCGGAUUGUCAAAAAUGAGUGGUCCGCCUUCAACCAGGAGGCCUGUGAACAGCAGCUCCCUUCUUCUCACACAGCAAGAAAACGAAACGCUCUUCAGCUAUCUGGGCAAGAAAUGCUCCAGUUUGUGUUCAGCAGUGGUUCAGGUCUAUGGAGCCGAGAGAAACUCGUCCUGGGUGAAGAGGUGCUGUGGAGUGGCCUGUCUGGUGAAAGACGGCCAAAAGAGAUCGUACUUUAUCAGGGUGUUUGAUAUGAAAGAGGGAAAAGUCUUGUUUGAUCAAGAGUUCUACAACAACUUUUUAAUAAACAGCUCCAGGUCUUACUUUAUCACAUUUGCUGGAGACAUGUGCCAGAUCGGUCUCAAUUUUGCCAGUGAGGAGGAAGCCAAGCGCUUCAGGUCUGCAGCCAAUGAUAUUCUGGGUAGAAGAGGGAGGAAAACCGAAAAAAGACGUGACCCACCUAAUGGACCAUCAGGACUUUCAGGACCAACACUUCCAAUGGCAACAGUGGACAUAAAGAACCCCGAGAUCAACAAUCAGCGUUAUCAAAAUAACACUCAGAUGAACAACCUCAACCUCCACAGCAACUUCAGGAAAGAUAAAGCCAAAGGGAAAGGCAAAAACAACAACAAGAAGAAGAUAUCCAAAAGUGAUAUCGGCACCCCAAGCAAUUUUCGGCACGUUGGGCAUGUAGGAUGGGAUCCCAACACAGGCUUUGAUUUGAACAACCUGGACCCAGACCUAAAGAACCUGUUUGACAUGUGUGGCAUUUCUGAGGCUGAGCUCAAAGACAAAGAGACGUCAAAGGUCAUCUACGACUUCAUUGAGAAGAAAGGAGGAGUAGAGGCUGUGAAAGAUGAACUUCGAAGACAAGCACCCCCACCUCCGCCAUCCAGAGGAGGAGCACCACCUCCUCCACCUCCUCACAACUCCGGCCCUCCUCCACCACUCCCUUCCAGAGGCCGAGGAGCGCCGCCUCCACCUCCGCCCUCCAGAGCUCCCACCGCCGCCCCACCCCCACCUCCACCCUCUCGACCAGGUAUGGGCGCACCACCUCCUCCUCCACCCAGCAGAGGGCCCGGGUCAGCUCCUCCCCCACCUCCACCACCCCAGUCUGCCUCUCUGUCUCCGCCGGCGCCUCCACCUCCGCCUCCAUCCAUGGGUGGGGCUCCACCCCCGCCACCGCCUCCUCCGGGACCACCACCUCCUGCGCCUCCACUAACGGAUGUGGGUUCAGGGGAGCUGUCUGGGGGUAAAUCUGCACUCCUGGACCAAAUUCGAGAAGGGGCGCAGCUGAAGAAGGUGGAGCAAAACAACAAGCCGGCCGUGUCCAGUGGCGGCCGCGGCGCUCUCUUAGACCAAAUACGACAUGGCAUUCAGCUUAAAAAUGUACCGGACGGUGGAGACUCUGCUCCGCCUACUCCUGCCCCCUCAGCUGGGAUCGUGGGAGCGCUGAUGGAGGUCAUGCAGAAGAGGAGCAAAGCGAUCCACUCUUCAGAUGAAGAUGAGGAUGAUGAUGACGAAGAAGAUUUUGAGGAUGAUGAUGAGUGGGAUGACUGAUGACCAGGGAUGCCCAAAACAAUUAAGACACUACAUUGCUCUUGUCUUUCUAAAUCUUAUAAAAUUAUGUAAAUGGAUGACCAAUUUGCUGUACAAAAUUUUUUUUUUUUUUUUUUUUUUUUUUUUUUUUUUUUUUUUUUUUUUUUUUUUUUUUGGUCGUUGUUGCCUUUUUUUGCUUUUUUUUGUUUUUGUUUUUUUGUAUUAAUCUGUGCAAUACCUCAUUUAAUCUGUAAAGGUUUGUCAUGUAUCUUAUUUUUCCCCUCUUGGAUUAACGUGCAAUUUUACAUCAAGUUUCUUGAUUCGUAGAGUUGAAUGUUUUUGGGUCUUUUGUUGUUGUUUUUUUUCUUCAUCAUUAAUUGAAUUGAGGUCGAACAAGACGAGCGAGACUUUAAUGUUGAUAUUGUGAAGCAAGAACACUAUUUUCAUACUUUUUCUCUUAAGUACCUUACCUUUUCUUAUUCAAAACGUAGUUUAGCACUAUUAUUUUCUAAACAAAAAAAGCAUAUUUAGCCCCAUUGCUAAUUUGUAAAUUUGCUCAGAGUUUGAGUCGGUUUAUAUUUUUGCACGAAUCACAAAAGAAGAACUGUGGGGAUACAGCGCAAUACGACGGUUAUGUUUACACAUCGUGUGCUAUAGCUACUAUGUCAGGACUCUCCUUAACAUUAGAUGUGAGAAACACUACAGUUAUUAUAAAAUAUCCUGUUUGCAUAUGCUAGUUUGCACUUUACUGGCAUUACAACAAAUCUCACAGGCAUGUGGUUUGUUUUUUUCCUGUCGGUCACAUACGGUUCGUGUUGGAAUUUAAAAGUUCAUGUGUGCCAUUUAAAAAAAAAAUCGAACACACUAAAUAACGCACUGUGAUGCUGUACUAAUUCAAAGAGAGGCUCUGACUCGCUUGACGGUCCGCAGAGGGUCGUUUCAUAUAGUUACACUGUUUUUAACAGUGUUAUAGGGCAAUUAAAAUAUCAGUUUUUAUCCUUCGUUCAACCAGGGUUGCUUUGCAUUGAGACUUGAAACCUUUGAAAUGAGGUUGAAAAAGAAUUAUUAAAAUUGUACACUCAAAUAAAUGUUAAUAUUUACAGAA